UACUCUAAGCAAUAUGUUUGCUUUGCAAGGCUGUGUAAAAACUACACGUGUGUAUUGUCUAGUAAUUGGUCUGAGAUAUAAAUAUAAUAAAUGUGCUGAAUGCUGUUGGCUAUGUGUUGGUUGAAUGCUGCAGAAAUGUAUAAAUAAAAGCAAUAAUCAAUCUGCAAUGGAAUAAAAGUUACCCAAUACGUAUAAAUAACAUGAUUUAUGAAAAGUGCCUACAGAAUGUUUAUAGCAAAGUUUCAUAAGCGCAUUAUUGCUAUCUUGCAUAAUGAAGGGAUAAAACUACUUUGAUAAUAAUAAUAAUCUUCUAUUUCAUUAACAAACUGGGUAUUUUUCGAUAGAACCAAUAAAUUAUUUGUACAUUGUUUCUAAAGUCGUUUGUUACAAAAUGUGGCAUGUUUUGUGUAUGAGCGAGCAACGUACUUUGAUGCAGUGAACGUACCAUGAACAGUAGGUACAUAACUAGCUACUACAUAUAACUGGUAUGUAGAUAGUUGUGUGAACGCUAAUCGGCGGUGUCGUCACGAGGCAUGCUCGCGCUGCACGUAGAAAGGGAAACGAUGCCAAUGAACGUACGAACGAAUUCUCGGUCAAAUACACACAGAAACGCGAUUACACGACGAGAGUCGAGAACCAGUUGUGGUCGGACGGCGCUCGGACGCGCACGCUCGCUCGCUGGGCGCUCGGGCCUUUGUUUACAGUCGGGCGCGCCAAUCGCCAUGGAGCGGCUCAAGGCGCUGGCGGCGCGCGCGGGCGGCGCCGACGAGCCGCUGGACGGGCUGGAGACGGCGCGCGAGCGGCGCGAGCGCUGGCGCAGCGUCUACGUCAUGUACUUCACCAUGUUCCAGAUGUCGCUGGGCUUCAGCAUCGUGCUCACCGGCGUGUGGCCCUACCUCGACAAGCUGCAGCCGGGCUCCAGCAAGGAGGCGCUGGGGCUGGCCGUGGGCGUCAGCCCGCUGGGGCAGCUCGUGGCGUCGCCGCUGCUGGGGCUGUGGGCCAACCGCGGGCGCGGCGCGCGCGCGCCCAUGCUGGCCACGCUGGCGCUGUUCGUGCUGGCGUCGGCGCUGUACGCGUCGCUGCACCUGGCGCGGCCGCACGCGCACCUGUGGCUAUUGGGCGCGCGCGCGCUCGUGGGCGUCAGCUCCGCCAACGUGGCCGUGGCGCGCGCCUACCUGUCGGCCGCCACGCGCGCCGGCGAGCGCACGCGCGCCGUGGCCGCCGCGUCGCUGGCGCAGGUGCUGGGCUUCGUGGUGGGGCCGGCGCUGCAGGCGGCCGCCGCGCCGCUGGGCCCCGGCGAGCCCUACCCGCCCGCCGGCGCCGCGCCCGCGCUGCGCCUCGACAUGUACACGGCGCCGGGCUGGGCCAACGCGCUGCUGGGCCUGCUCAACCUGCUGCUGUUCCUGCCGUGCUGCUUCCGCGAGCGCCGCGUGGCCGCGCGCGAGGCCAUGCUGCUGCAGGGCGCGGCGUCCGAGCGCGAGGCGCUGGCGGCGCUGCGGCCCGACCGCGUGGCCGGCUGGACGCUCGUGGGCGCCUUCGCCGUGCUCGUGUUCAACUUCGUGCUGCUGGAGACGCUGGCCACGUCGCUCACCAUGGACCAGUUCGCGUGGAGCAAGCGCCAGGCGCUGGAGUACAUGGGCGCGCUCAUGAGCGGCGGCGCGCUGGUGGCGUGCGGCGUGUUCGCGCUGGUGCCGGCGCUCACGCGGCGCUUCGAGGAGCGCGCGCUGCUGCUGUGGGGCGGCUUCCUGCCCACGGCGCUGGCGUCGCUGCUGUGCGUGCCGUGGGGGCCGGGCGCGCCGCCGCCGGCGCCCGCGGGCGCGGCCGAGGCGGGCGGCGGCUGUCCGCAGCGCGCGCAGCCGUGGUGCGCCGGCUCGCGCGCGCUCACGCUGCCGCAAUUCCUGCUGGGCUACCUGUGCGUGGCGGUGGGCUACCCGCUGGGCGUGACGCUGGUGCAGACGCUGUUCUCCAAGGUGCUGGGCCCGCGGCCGCAGGGCGUGUGGAUGGGCGUGCUGACGGGCGCGGGCUGCGCGUCGCGCGCGCUGGGGCCCGUGUUCGUGGCCGCCGUGUACGCGCGGCGCGGCCCGCUGCCCACGUUCCUCAGCACGGGCGCGCUGACGCUGGCCGCGCUGCUGGCGCUGCGCGUGGCGUACGCGCGCCUGGCGCCGCCCGCGCCGCCCGCGCCGCCCGCGCCGCCGCCCGCCGCGCCGCCCGCGCUGCCGCACGAGCUGCAGCCGCUGCGCGCGCAGGAGGCGCCGGCGUGACACUCGUGUACAGUUUCAGUUGAACUCGUAGCAUGUCGCGCGGUAGUGAGUGCAUCGCUCCUGCCGUGACGUCCAAGUGUUCUAGUGCGACUACUUCGGAACAUUCGAAGAAGAUGACACUCUAAUGCAAGUAUGGGUACAAUGUAUGUUGGUAAUCGAUAGAUUAAAUAAGAAAAACGAAUUUAAGAAUAGGUUAGGUAUACAAAUCGCAGUCUGCGGCUCGCAGCGCCUGCACUCGCGGCUCACCGGCCGGCCGGCGGGUGCGCGUGCGACUGUCCGCAACAAAACGGCUUUUAUUUAUUUUCGGAAAUAGACGAUCACCGCGCCACACGCACGCAACAAUAAAAUCUAUGUUCACACAUUAUGGAAUAGACGAGAAAAAUAAUCAUCCUCACUUUACAUGUAGGGGAGAUACGCUAUUUUGUUGUAAACCUUUGUUCACAUUUUUAAUGUACAUAUUCAUGCUAAUUUACAGCUUCCCAGUAAAAGCAAUGGAAUAAAAUAACACAAGCUGGAAUGUAUAAACGGUAUUUCAAAUAACUUAUUACUCAUUCUUAAACAAAUCGUUACUUUGGUAGAUGGAUAAUACAUUAAUUAAAUAAACUUCACGCCACAUAAUCGCAUGUUCGCCUCUUUUACAUAGAGUAUAUAUCACAAUACCCUACCAACCUCAGAAUAAAACCAUUAUCAUUAAUAAACAGUACAGAUUAAAACAUUUAUCUGGAAGAAGGAGUUUUUAUAUGUUGUCUUAUGUAUUUAUAAUUAUUUAAAUAAUUAAAAAUCUAACAUUCGGCCAUACUGACUACAAGUUUGUCCUCAAACUUUGUAAACACAAAUAAAUUCUAACAUUACAUUAUUAUAAAGAUUCACUGAACUAUGUCUCAUAGUAUUUAAAAUUUUAAUUUAUGUUUAUUA